UUAGCUUGUGAAAUCGGUGAACCAUUUAGCAUUGUAUCUCUCUGCAUCCUUUUUCUUUGCAGCGAGACAUAACUAAGAAGGCCAUGUUGUUGUCAUCUCUUGCAUUUGACGAGACUUGCUCGAUUCAGAGAAACUGCAGGGAAGGCAGUGAAGAAAUUGCGAAGAAAAUGUGCGAGGAACCGAAGUGUGUUCUUGUUGAUUAUGAUUCUUUGCCAGAUUAUUUGAAGGACAAUGAGUUCAUAGUGAGCUGCUAUAGAUGCGAAUGGCCAUUGAAGGAGACUGUCCUCAGUAUGUUCUCUGUUCACAACGAGACUCUUAACGUUUGGACGCACCUGAUUGGAUUCCUCAUAUUUCUAGUUCUGACUGUGAUCACUGCAAUGAUGAUACCGAGAGAAGAGAGCAUCAAAGACGAAGAGUCCAACGCGAUAUCACCAUUGAUUUCAACGCCAAUCACUCGCUGGCCUUUCUUCGCCUUCCUAUGUGGAGCCAUGUUCUGCCUCCUGGCGAGCAGCGUCUGCCACCUCACCUCCUGUCACUCCGAAAGAACCUCCUACCUAAUGCUUCGUCUUGAUUACACCGGAAUAUCCACUCUCAUCGUCACGUCCUUCUACCCUUUAGUCUAUUAUUCCUUCAUAUGUGAUCCUUUCAUCUCUAACCUAUAUAUCUGCUUUAUAACUACCUUUGGAGUAGCCUCUGUCCUUGUCUCUUUUGUGCCAGUGUUCCAGACUGCUGAGUUUCGAACAGUGAGGGCCUCGCUCUUCUUCUGUAUGGGGAUUUCAGGUUUAGUUCCGAUAGUGCACAAGCUUGUUGUGUUCAGUGAUCGACCAGAGGCGAUACUGUCAACAGGAUACGAGUUUCUUAUGGGUGUCUUUUAUGGGCUUGGCAUUGUUGCUUACGUGACGAGGGUUCCUGAGAGAUGGAAGCCGGGGAAGUUUGAUCUUGUGGGUAAUAGUCAUCAGUUGUUUCAUGUUCUUGUCAUUGCAGGGGCCUAUACUCAUUAUCUUGCUGGCUUAGUGUACCUUGAAUGGAGAGAUGUUGAUCGGUGUUAAUAGAGGACAGGUUACAGGUUGUAUAUAAUUCAAAGCAAAUUAAACGUGGGGGCAAAAAAUACAAGCUGUCUGUGAUUUUGAAAGAGAA